AUGUACCCAAUUCAAAGCCCAUCUAACACUGAAGGAGAACGUAAAACCACCCUUCUGCAAAUCGAGACCAGCACCAUUCGCUUUCCAGCCGUUGAUCGAAAAGAAUUAAAACGCUUACAAAAUAUGGGCGUCAUUUCCUCGAUAACCAACGCAAAGUGUGCUGCUCCUAUUGUUGCAAAAUUGAAGAAAACUGGUGAAUUGCGAUUAUGUGAAGACAUCUACGCAAAACUGAACAAUUCGAAAAUUUUCAGUCAUGUUGAUUUAUCUGAUGCCUUCCUUCAAAUUGAAGUCGAUGAAGAAUCGGAACAGUUGUUAGUAAUCAACACUCACGUCGGAUUAUUCCAAUACAACCGACUAAAUUUUGGCACCAAACCAGCUCCAGCAAUUUUUCAAGAGGCAAUGGAUCGAAUGAUCACCGGCCUUCAAGGAGUUAUUGCCUACAUGGAUGACCUAUUCAUUUUUGGUCACGACAAGCGAAGCCACGACAGAGCUCUCAUUGCUCUAAUGAAUCGACUGAAAGAAUUCGGUUUUCACAUUAAAUUGGCGAAAAGCAGAUUUGGACUCAAUGAAAUACUACCUGGAGAAUUACCACAGCCAACCAACUUGACUGAAUUACGUUCAUUCCUUGGAACUUUGAAUUUCUACGGAAAGUUCAUACGGAACCUUCAAAAUCUAAGAGCACCAUUGAACAAUUUGCUCAAAAAGGACACACCAUGGAAUUGGAACGAAUCGUGCGAAAAUGCAUUCAAAAAGAUGAAAACAGCAUUGUCGUCUGAGCUAUUAGUAACACAUUACAAUCCAAAUCUUGAAAUUAUCGUUUCAGCGGACGCAUCAAUAAAAGGUCUCGGAGCCUGCAUUCAACACAAAAUGACUGACGGUUCGAUCCGACCGAUUUGUUUUGCGUCUCGUUCGCUAUUGCCAGCUGAGAAACAGUACAGCCAAAUCGAGAAAGAAGGCCUCGCAAUAAUUUUUGCUGUACAGAAAUUUCACAAAUUCAUCUUUGGUCGGUCAUUCACUCUUCAAACGGACCAUAAACCUUUGCUUGCAAUUUUUGGUUCGAAGAAAGGCAUUCCGCUUCACACUGCCAACAGGCUACAACGUUGGGCCAUAAUACUUUUGGCCUACAAUUUCAACAUCGAAUAUAUCAACACUGAAUCGUUUGCCUAUGCUGAUUUUUUGUCAAGAUUGGUAAAUCAAAACACACAAAUUGACGACAUCGUAGUAGCUUCGAUCACUUCUGAAAUACAGAUUCUCGCUGUCAUCAAUUCAAACUUGAAUUGCCUGCCAAUCACAUACAAACAACUGUGUAACGCUUAUUCAGAUGAUGAAAACCUAAAGCGUUUAGUAAAAAUGAUCGAAAACAAUUGGGAUGAUUCAUCAUUCAAACUUGAUCCAGAACUCACGCAAUAUCAUCGUAUCCGUGAAUCAUUAACAAUUUCAUACAACAUCGUACUCUAUGGAGAGAGAAUAGUUGUUCCAUUGGUUCUACGAAGCAAUAUCAUCACCAAACUUCACCGAGGCCAUCCAGGAGCUAACCACAUGAAACAUGUCGCUCGAAGAUACGUCUACUGGCCCGGAAUUGACCAGAAAAUCGAAGAAACUGCCAAAUUAUGCUCGAAUUGUGCAAUUAACGCUAAAACACCAGUCAAAACACUUCUUCAGUCGUGGCCAAUUCCAACACAUCCCUGGGAUCGUGUACACAUUGAUUAUGCUGGCCCGUUUAAACGAUUCUACUCUCUCAUCGUGGUUGAUGCUUACUCGAAAUGGCCUGAGAUCAUAAAAACGUCUUCAAAAACGACGGUUCAAACCAUCAAAAUUCUGACUUCGAUUUUUGCACAAUUUGGACCACCAAAAAUUCUUGUCUCAGACAAUGGACCACAAUUUACUUCGGGAAAGUUCGAAAGUUUCUACAACUCAAAUGGUAUCGAGCACAUCCGAACUGCAGCCUUUUCACCAAUGUCCAACGACCGUUGGAGCAGAACGUUUUAG